AUGAACGACAACACCCAACCCGAUACACCCGCCAACAUCAGUCUGAAAAUUUGGCAACAAAACCUACGCAAAUCGUCCAACGCAUGGGAACACAUGUUAAGAAGCCUCGACCCGAACAUAUAUGACAUAGCAUGUAUACAAGAACCCUUUCUCAACACUGUAAAUUUGGCUAACGCUUCUAACUUAAAACAAUUCUGGGAUGUCAUCUACCCGACCGACCAUCACACCGGCGCAGGAAGAUCACAAACGAUCAUGCUAGUCAACAAAAAACUAUCAAAAAACAAUUGGCAUAUUAUACCAGUGAAAUCACCCAACAUCAUGGCCAUCGAACUAACGGGCCAAUUUGGCAAGGUACGUCUGUACAACAUAUAUAAUCCCUGUGAUAGCGACACAACGCUCCAC